AUGGUUCGUGCUCUGGUCGCCCUCCUCUACCUGCAGGCGUGCGCGCUGGCGGCGCCCAGAGCCGGGACGCCGUGGCCCCGGAGGGUCCGCGGGCGCAUCAUCAACGGCACGGACGCCAGCGUCGCCGACUUCCCGUGGAUGCUGUCGAUGGAAGCGGCGGGCCAGCAGUGGUGCGGCGCCUCCGUGGUGGGCGGCAGCUGGGCCCUGACGGCCGCGCACUGCGUCUCCGCGCCCUACCUCACCCUCAGGGCGGGGUCUUCCACGUGGGGCAGCGGCGGGUUCGUUCUCGACGUCUCGCAGACCAUCAUCCACGAAGACUUCGACUAUUACGCUAUGACGUACGACUUCGCUGUUCUGCAGGUUUCCGAGCCCUUCCCAUUGGGCCCCAACGUCCAGCCCGUCGGCCUCCCCCCAGAUGGGUACGAGCCCCCUGCUGGGCUGCCCGUCACCGCCACCGGCUGGGGCGCGACCGAGGAUGUCUGGUACCCUGACGUGCUGCAGAGGGUGGACGUCGAGGUGCUGGACCGGUCGGUGUGCCAGGAGCACCUGGGCUCCAUCCACACAGUGACGGCCAGCAUGCUGUGCGCUGGGCAGGAGGGCCACGGCGCGUGCCACGGCGACUCUGGAAGCCCGCUGGUGCACAACGGCACCCAGCUCGGCACCGUGUCCUGGGGGCAGCCCACCUGCGUCGGCCCAGCCGCCGUCUACGGCAACGUCGCCAGCGUCAGCUCCUGGAUCACGAACACUACCGGGGCUUAG